AUGAAACAAGAUAUUUCCUAUAUCGUCUACGUAGCUGAUCUGAUACCCCUUGAGUUGCUUGAACCUCAGUUUCGAAACCAGGGUUGUAGAUUAUUUUUGUCAUUCAUCGCUCUCAUUGAAAACGGGAAUAGUUUUUACCAAGGAGGUUUAAUGAAAGCUCGUUGGUUUUUACUUAGUCAAGAAAUAGCAAUGAAGGCCUUCGUCGCACUUUCCCUCGUUCUUCUUCUCUCUGGAGCCGCCAAUGCUGGUUUCUUAGAUGAACUGAGGAGCACAUUCAAAAGCAUCUCUGGAACAUUCAGCAAUGUCCUCCAUCAAGUAACACCUAUUAUUUCUGAAGCUGCCGGUCACUUGGUUGAUGGUUUAAAGACCACUGGAUCGCAAUUACUGUCUAAAGGGGCUCAAGCUCUUCUGGGAUCUUUAGGCGGUGGAGGUACUGGUACUACUAAUGCUCCAGCUACUAGAAAUACAGAUCUCAUGCAACAACUCCAACAAUUUGUCUCCAAAGGAAAAGAUACCAUCCACAACGUUCUUGACACCGUUAAGGGUCUCUUCCAAAAUGCCUUGACCAGAUUGGGAGAAGUUGCUAAGAAAUUUCACCUUCAAGAUCUUACCCACCUCAGCCUUGCUUCACUCAUUAGUGAUAUUGAAGGAAUUGUCUCAAGCCACGGAAUCCUCCAAGGAACAAUCAUGAAGGAAUUGGCUGAAAAGCCAGCUCAACUGUUAACUGAUGCUGCUCAACACAUCAUCGGGGCUUUAUCUCACCACAAGAGAGGUGCUGUUGUCGAUCAAUUGAAGACCAUUGGAUCUCAAAUCGCUGGACAAUUUACUCCAUUCAUCAGCACUGUUACCCAACACAUCGCCAAUAUUGGAAAUGCCCUCAAGAAUGUUGGAUCUACCCUUCUUGGUGCCAUUAAACCAAGCAUUGAUGCUUUGAAAGGUAAACUCAGCACCCACAUCGAUACCUUGAAAAAUGCUGGAACCACACUUUUGGGACAUGGAAAGAACGCCAUCAGCGCUCUUACUGAUGCGGUUACAGAUAUCUUAGGUCAAACCUUCAAGAACGCUCAACCCACCAUCCAAAAAGCUGUUGAAACCGCCAAGAAUGCCGGUAGUGUAGCACUUAACCAUCUUACUAGUGCUUUAACUGGAGGCAACUAGGAAAUGAAUUUUUUCUAAUAAAUCUACUGUAGAUGUCAAAUGUUUAUUCUUUAUUUUUUGAUUUCCAUGUGCUGAACAGCAGUUUUAACUCAAAAUAGAUAUGCAUAAUGUAC